AUGGCUUCAAGUGUUAUUUCAACAGAAGAUGGUUUUGCUCCUCCUCCUAUACCAUCUCCUUCCACUCACAGAGCAAGAAGCAGGAAAGGUGAUGGAGAUGGAGUAGAGUGCAAGAAUUCAGACAGUGAAGAAGAAUGCCUUCUUAAGAAAACAGUAGCUGCUCACACCGAUUACAUCUAUACACAAGACCUAAACCUAUCUCCUUGA